AUGCCUGGCUUUGUUGAGAUACUGAACAAAGUCACACCUACAAUUGUCUUGUUUGGUAUCAUUGUCCUCAACGGCUACUAUUACUAUGUUGCUCACGAAGGCUGCCAUCAUCUCGACCAUCUGCUCCUUACCAAUUUUGUUGGGGCCUCUAUCUCGCCUUUAUCAAUCGAGGGUCAGCCCGUACCGGACAGAUGGUUCCACAUGAUUCUUGAUGGGCCGUUGCAAACACCAGUCUCAGCUAUUGCUGGUGGCAUCAAGGAACUUUCCAACCAGCAUGAUUGCAGGGUGAUGAGCGGCUCUAUCAAUGGAAUUAGUUGGUCUUACCACUCUAUGGGCGCACAUUGCGAUACAACCGCGCAGCUUGAUACAAUUGCCGGUGCUAUCAAGAAGUACCUUGACAAGUCCGAACACUACAAGGUGUGCGGUACCCAAUGUUUACGUCUGGAGCAUGGUGGCACCUGGAAUGGAUGGUUGAAGUUUGGUCCUGCCAGUGGGUUCAACAAAAAUGCCUAUUGCGGACCGGGGCUGUCUUUCAGCGGUUGUAUUUCUGGUGGCAACAACGGCCUCUAG